CUUUACCUUGAGUUUGACGUUUAGCGUGAUGUCCUAAAGGUAAAGACCUAAACUUACUGUCUGUGUCCUAAAUCCUUUUGGAGAUGAUAGAAAGUUAAUAAUUUAGAUUGUCUAUUAUUUCCUACAAGUUAUAAUUUAUCGGGAAUCAGUUUAGUUUUGGUCACAACUUUAUAUUCGAGGUGUUUACAAGUUCAAAACUAGGUUGCAGCGUAGAACAGUUUAUCGUUUCAUUAUGAGAUAAUACUCCUGCGUUGGAAAAUUCAACGAGAAUCGAUGACAUCACAAGUCUUUUUGACAUGCUGCUUUCAUGUGUUCUGAAACACGUCGUAUCGCUGCAAAAUUGUAGAGUGGUGUAUAAAACCUUAUCAGUGAGGAGCACAGGGAAUUGUUCUGGUGCACUUAAUAUCUCAAAUAUGCAAUCGACAAGUGAAAUAAAGCUAUCGAUUGGCAGCUUAGUUGGGUGUAAAAAGGUGUCGGUGUACGAUAAGAGAGAAUAUUUCUCCUUCCAAGGAAUACCAUUCGCUGAGCCUCCAGUGGGGAAUCUCCGAUUCAAGGAUCCAGUGCCAGUAAAACCAUGGCAAGGCGUGAAGCAGUGCACGAAGGCAGGAAAUCCAUGCAUACAGAUUCACGAAUUCAGCAAUCAGCUGAUUGGCAGUGAAGACUGUUUGUUCCUGAAUGUCUACACACCAAAGAUUUUUGGCCCAAAUGAGUUGAAACCGGUUUUGGUGUGGAUUCAUGGAGGUGGCUUCACAUUUGGAAGUGGCGACGAUGAACUUUAUGCGCCUGACUUUUUCGUUCAGAAAGAUGUCGUUCUGGUGUCCAUCAACUACCGAGUUGGAGUUUUUGGAUUUCUUUCACUGGGCAAUAGUGACGUGCCAGGAAAUGCAGGAUUGAAGGACCAAGUUUUGGCUUUGAAAUGGGUUCAGGAGAACAUUGGUCAUUUUGGCGGAGAUGCUAACAAUGUCACUAUUUUCGGAGAAAGUGCUGGCGCGGCUUCCUGCCAAUUUCUUUCCAUUUCACCCAUGGCCAAAGGACUCUUCCAUAAAGUUAUUUUGCAAAGUGGGAGUGCACUGAACCCUUGGGCAUACGUUGAGCACACGGUACCCAGAGCCUAUCUACUAGGCGAAGCUCUGGGAAAGAAAACUACCGACCCUGAAGAAUUGAUUUCAUUUCUCAGAGAACAGACCAAGGAAAACCUUAUUGCUUUCCAAAACAAGGUUUUAUCCCGAGAGGAACGCAGAAAACUGAUCUUUCCUUUUGUACCAUGCAGAGAAGUCGCAGGAACAGGAUCGAAUCUGCUGACAGAGUCGCCUGACACACUGCUCAAGAGUGGACAAUUCGCGCAAGUGCCUUACAUCGUUGGGAUGACCAACAAGGAAGGCAUCAUCUCUCUCAAAGAAGAUCAAGGAAUACUAUCUAAAAUGGACAAAAUCAAUGGAGAAGCAAUUAGAUUUGUACCUUAUGACUUGUGUGUGAGUGAUAAUGUCACUCAGAAUAUAUUUUCAGAGGUGAAGAAAUAUUACUUUGGAAAUUGUCCAGUUUCAGUAGAAACCUUGAACCAGUACGUUGAUAUAUGCUCUGAUUUGGAGUUCACCAUUGGAGUAAAUAACACAUUGAAAUAUUUCUCAAGAAAAGGACUGAAAGAUGUUUAUGUCUACCAGUUUUCAUUUGAAGGUGAACUGGGUUUCUUCAAACGGUUCAUCAAAGCGUCUGUACCUGAGGUUCCUCCUGGUGUGAGCCAUGCAGAUGAUCUUGGCUACUUAUUUCAAAAUAACUUCGUCAAUGGAAGAGAAUUUCCACUUGCGCCAAACUGCCCAGAAAGAAAAAUCGUUGAUACAUUCAUCACUCUAUGGACAAAUUUCGCUGCAAAUGGCAAUCCAAACGGAAGUGGUAUUCCAGUGGAUUGGAAGCCAAAUGACCCAGACGAAUUCAAAUACCUGGAUAUUGGCAAUGAGCUAGCGAUGGUGAAUUCAAAACUUAUGAAGGAAAGAGACGACUUCUGGGAGAAAAUCUAUUCAACAUACUCACCUGCUCCGAAAUUGUGAUACCAAUUAUUGCAUUUGAUUGUUGAAUUUUUAUAGAUUUAUGUAUUAGUUUCGAUUUUUGGACUGGGCUGGGAGAAAUUUAUUUAGAAUAAAAUCUAUUUACCGUUCA